AUGGCCGCCCAGUCGACACUCCGGCGCCCGGAGGACCCCCUCCUGGCGCUCUACUUACACUAUUCAGAAUUACUCCGCUCGCGUUUAAAGCGUACCUCUCCAACGACUCGACUGAUUGCCACCAUAGCACUGCUAUUAUCGAUUAUCGGUUCAGGGUAUGGAGGAUACAACUGGUUACGCGAGAGGGCCAAGGAGCGUACUCAAGGCCGUCGGUUGCUUCGUCGAAACUCGGGUAUUAGAGGGAAAGAUGGGUCCCGUACCAUCUAUGUUCCUUACAAAGGCGAACGGACUUCGAAGGUCUUGAUCCAUCCGACCAAGCCGACUACCUUUGAUGCCCACCGGCGAUUAUUCUUAAACCCUCCGGCCUCGGCUCGCAGUGCUGAAGACGGAUCUACGAAUCAGAUUCCUCCGCCGACAACCAAACCCGGUCUAAAUUUGGCCUUCUUACAUCAAUUCUUGAGUUUGGGAAGCAUCAUGGUUCCACGAUGGGGCAGCAAGGAGACUGGACUGUUGAUGAGCCACGGCGUGUUCCUGCUGCUACGAACGUAUCUGUCGCUGCUCAUUGCUCGCCUUGACGGAGAGAUUGUUAGAGAUCUGGUUGCAGGCAAAGGAAAAGCCUUCCUCUGGGGUAUCGUCAAAUGGUGUGGCAUCGGUACUCUCGCCUCGUACACGAACGCUAUGAUCAAGUUCCUCCAGUCCAAGGUGUCGAUUGCCUUCCGGACCCGCUUGACGAGGUAUAUCCAUGACCUAUACCUGACCGACAACCACAACUACUACAAGUUGAUGAAUUUGGAUGGCGGUAUUGGCCAUGGCCCUGAUCAAUUCAUCACGCAAGAUCUCACCCUCUUCUGCUCGGCCGCGGCAUCACUAUACUCAUCUUUGGGUAAACCCAUGGUGGAUCUAUUUGUAUUCAACUACCAGCUUUACCGUUCGCUUGGUCCUCUCGCCUUGAGUGGAAUUCUCACUGGCUAUUUCAGUACGGCUGUGGUGCUCCGGAAGCUGUCACCGCCAUUCGGAAAACUCAAAGCCGUGGAGGGCAAGAAGGAAGGUGACUUCCGGGGCCUGCACUCUAGACUCUUAGCCAAUGCCGAAGAGAUCUCAUUCUACGGCGGAGCCGACACUGAGCGUGUUUUCCUCGCGAGGAGCUUCAAGGAGCUGCAGCGGUGGAUGGAGGGAAUAUAUAGCCUCAAGAUCCGCUACAACAUGCUUGAGGACAUGAUCUUGAAGUACUCCUGGUCCGCCUUUGGCUACUUGGUGACCUCUCUUCCUGUCUUCCUUCCGGCCUGGGGCGGCUUGGGUGGUGCGAUGGAGUUGGCUGAUGCACCAGAAGGAGUCGGCCGUGAGCGAGGCAGAAUGAAGGAAUUCAUCACUAACAAGCGGCUCAUGCUCUCGCUGGCCGACGCAGGUGGCCGUAUGAUGUACAGUAUCAAGGAUAUCUCGGAACUGGCAGGGUACACGUCACGAGUCUACGGUCUGAUCGCCACUCUGCAUCGCGUUCACGCCAAUGCCUACUACCCACCUCGCGGCUCGCAUCCUGAGCUGUACUCCCUCGCUGAUGCCCAGGGUACUACCCACAACGGCUUCGAUGGUGUUCGCCUGGAGCAAGUUCCCAUUGUAGCACCCUCCCUUUAUCCAAUGGGGGGCGAUGAGUUGAUUGAAUCCCUCUCUUUCAUCGUUCACUCCGGUGACCACCUCCUCAUCUCGGGACCCAACGGCGUUGGCAAGUCUGCGAUUCCCCGAAUUGUUGCUGGCUUGUGGCCUGUCUACCGCGGCCUAGUCAGUCGACCCCGCCCCAUUGGACUCGACGGCAUAAUGUUCCUCCCCCAGCGACCCUACUUGAGCGUGGGUACCUUGCGUGAUCAAGUCAUCUAUCCUCACACUGAGAUCGACAUGCGCGAGGCUGGUGAGUCCGAUGCAAACUUGCAGAAGAUCCUCGAUGCUGCGCACUUAGGCUACCUGCCUCAACGCGAAGGUGGCUGGGACGCUCGCAAGGAGUGGAAGGACGUGCUGAGCGGCGGAGAGAAGCAGCGGAUGGCUAUGGCCCGUCUAUUCUAUCAUGAACCUCGCUACGCGUUCAUCGACGAAGGCACUUCAGCCGUUUCCUCCGACGUGGAGGGCGUGCUCUACGAGCAAGCCAAGGAGCGCGGCAUCACUCUCAUUACUAUUUCAACCCGUGCAUCUCUUAAGAAGUAUCACACUUACAACCUGACGCUAGGCCUUGGCGAAGAGGGUGAGCGUUGGGAGUUUGAGAGGAUCGGCACCGACAAGGAGAAGCUCGGGGUUGAGAAGGAACUCCAGGAGCUGCGUAAGCGUCUAGACAAGGUCGAUGAAUGGAAGAAGCGCCGGGAAGAGAUUGAGAAUGAACUUUGCAAGGUUUGGGCCCGUGAUGGGGAGAUUGCUCCCCCUCCUUAUCAAGAGGAAGAUGCGAAGCCAGCAAUCGAGACUGCCGUUGAGGCGUCCGUUGAAGAGACUACGAAUUGA